CCACGGACACAACGAAGAGGACGCCUGAAGACGUGUCGUUGUUUCCGGGCUCGGUUCUGUGGAGGAGCCGCUUCUCAAGGCGUCCCGGUCCAGAUCCCUGGUUCCGUUGUGGUUUCGCACGUCCUCUGCUGUGUUCGGUUCCGAUUCCCUCGGACGGAGAUGCGGGUGUGUGCGGGUGUGAGCGGGUCUCUGGUUCUGACCCUGGUCCUGGUUCUGGUUCUGGAGGUCCCGCGCCUGUGGGCCUGGGAGGCGGACCUGGAGCUUCUGGACCUGGUGGAGGAGAUCCCGCAGAACUUCUACCAGUUCCUCAACGUGGACCAGGAUGCGGCGGCGGCAGACAUCAAGAAGGCGUACCGCCGGCUCUCGCUCUCGCUACAUCCUGACAAGAACAAAGACGAGAACGCUGAGACUCAGUUCCGACAGCUCGUGUCCAUCUAUGAAGUCCUGAAAGACGAGGAACGGCGGCGCAGGUACGACGACAUCCUGGUGAACGGACUUCCUGACUGGCGGCAGCCCGUCUUCUACUACAGACGGGUGAGGAAGAUGAGCAACGCAGAGCUGGGCUUCCUGCUCUUCCUCAUCCUGACCGUGGGACACUACGCCGUCAUCUGGUCCAUCUACCUGGAAAAGCAGCUGGAUGAGCUGCUGAGUCGGAAGAAGAAGGAGAAGAAGAAAAAGCUGAGUUCCAGACCUGCUGAGGAGCUCAGGUGUGUCAGUCAGGACCGCGCUGACAGGAACCAGGAGAGACCUCACUGGCAGGACAUCCUUCCUCUGAAGCUCAGCAUCUGGCUCUACCUGUCCGUCGUUAACCUGCCUCAGACCAUCCAGGAGGUGAAGCAGUACUAUGAGGACUAUCAGCAGAUGAAGCAGAAGCAGGAAGCUGAAGCUGAAGAAGAACCGGCUCCAAGAGAGAAACGACCCAAAGUGAAGAAGCCCAAAGUGGAGUUUCCAGUUUACGUCCCUUCAGAGCAGCAGAACCAGCAGAACUACGACCAGACCACGUCCAUCGAGGACAUCGAGGAGCAGAUGGACGACUGGCUGCAGGACUUCAGACCUGCCAAGAAGAAGGAACCAGAAUGGACAGAGGACGACCUCAGUCUCCUCAGCAGGCUGAUGGUCAAAUUCCCUGGAGGAACUCCGGGCCGAUGGGAGAAGAUCGCUCAGGAACUGGGCCGCUCUGUGUCUGCGGUGACAAUGAAGGUCAAGCAGGUGAAGGACAACGUGAACCAGACCUCAGGUCUGGUCAAACUGUCAGAUUUAAAGGCCCCGCCCCUUCCUGUGAGGUCAUUUCCUGUGGACGACAGCAUGAUGACUCAGAGAGUGGGCGGGGCCAGUGAGGAGGAGGAGGAGGAAGGCCCGGCGGUCCGCAGGAGGAACCGGAAGAACCAGCCCUCAGACGGGGGGGAAGGGAAGGUCCGAGGCCGGCGGCAGAGGGAUUUUGACCCGACUGCGGUGGAUGAGGAGGACGAGGCGGAGGAGAACCAGGAGAAGGUGAACCCUUCAGCUUGGACUCAGAACCAGCAGAAGCUGCUAGAACUGGCCCUGCAGCAGUUCCCCCGAGGAACCGCAGAACGAUGGGACCGGAUUGCCAAGGUGGUCCCUGGAAAGACCAAGGAGGACUGCAUGAACCGUUACAAGAUGCUGGCUGAGCUGGUGAAGAAGAGGAAACAGGAGAAGAGCUGACCAGCGCUGGCCCCGCCUCCCCCAGCCGCUGCUGCCAGCUGAUUGGCCUAAAGGUGGCGGCUCACCUGAUCAGGUGUGUCCGUACCUGCGGGCCACUGGACCUCAUGUGCCUUAUCUCCGUUCAGCAUGUUGCCGAUCAGUACUCAGUAUUUAUUGUUUCCUUCACUUCUUUCAACAGAAGAACGUGGAAACCGUUUUUUAUUUGCUUGUUUCCAAAUAAAUAUCCAAUCAUCAA